AAGAAAAAGCAGGCCAGCUGGUUUUGUGCGCCUUCGGUGGUGGGCAGUCAUCACUUUAGAUUAAUUGUAAAAUAUGAAAUUGUAUUGUUUGUCUGGCCAUCCGACCCUGCCUUGCAAUGUCCUCAAGUUUAAAUCCACCACCAUCAUGCUGGACUGUGGGCUGGACACCACGUCUGCUCUGUAUUACCUCCCGCUACCGUUAGUGCACAGUCCGAGGCUGUCCAAACUCCCGGGGUGGGUCUCAAAGGACGGCACUGUAAACCUCGAGAAAGAGCUAAAGGAGUGUGCAGGUCGAGUUUUUGUGGAUUCCCAGCCAGAAUUUUGUCUUCCUGAGAGAGAGCUACUGGACCUGUCCACUGUCGAUGUGAUCCUGAUCUCUAACUACCACUGCAUGAUGGCCCUGCCCUACAUCACAGAGCACACAGGCUUCUCAGGGACCGUCUAUGCAACAGAACCCACGUUUCAGAUCGGCAGGCUGCUGAUGGAAGAGCUGGUUACGUUCAUGGAGAGAGUUCCAAAGGCACAGUCUGCCACCUGCUGGAAGACCAAAGAAAUACAGCGGAUGCUCCCCGGCCCUCUGAAGGAUGCAGUAGAUGUUUGGUCAUGGAGGACAUGCUACAGUAUGCAGGAGGUGAACUCUGCUCUCAGCAGGGUGCAGCUGGUGGGAUACUGGCAGAAAGUGGAGCUGUUUGGUGCCGUCCAGGUCACUCCCCUCAGCUCUGGCUACUCGCUCGGCAGUUCAAACUGGAUCAUCCAGUCACAUUUUGAGAAGGUGUCUUAUGUUUCAGGCUCCUCCCUUCUCACCACUCACCCUCAGCCCAUGGACCAGAGCUCGCUGAAGAACAGUGACGUCCUCAUCCUCACAGGCCUGACCCAGAUUCCCACCGCCAACCCAGAUGGCAUGCUGGGAGAAUUCUGCAGCAACCUAGCCAUGACGAUCCGGGCAGGGGGGAAUGUGCUGGUGCCCUGCUACUCAUCUGGAGUGAUCUACGACCUGCUGGAGUGUCUCUAUCAGUUCAUGGACUCUGCUAACUUGGGCACCACCCCCUUCUAUUUUAUCUCACCUGUGGCCAACAGCUCGCUCGAGUUCUCCCAGAUCUUUGCCGAGUGGCUUUGCCAGAAUAAGCAGUCGAAGGUUUACCUCCCUGAGCCUCCAUUCCCACAUGCUGAGCUGAUCCAGACCAAUAGGCUGAAACACUACACAAGUAUCCAUGGCGAGUUUAGCAGCGAGUUCCGGCAGCCUUGCGUGGUGUUCACGGGCCACCCCUCCCUGCGCUUUGGGGAUGUCGUGCACUUUCUGGAGCUCUGGGGGAAAUCAAGCCUUAACACCAUCAUCUUCACCGAGCCGGACUUCUCCUACCUGGACGCCCUGGCCCCCUACCAGCCCUUGGCCAUGAAGUGUGUCUACUGUCCCAUCGACACACGCCUCAACUUCCACCAGGUGGCCAAACUGCUGAAGGAGGUGCAGCCUCUCCAUGUGGUGUGUCCGGAGCAGUACACCCAGCCUCCUCCGGCUCAGUCCCACCGCUCGGACCUGAUGCUGGAGCUGCAGCCACCCCCCGUGGCCUACCGCCGCUGCUCCGUGCUGGGCCUGCCCUUCCGCCGCCGCCACGAACGCAUCCAGCUGCUGCCCGAGCUUGCCAAGGCUCUGGUGCCUUCGGAAAUUAAACCCGGCAUCUCCGUGGCAACCGUAUCCGCGGUUCUGCAGUCCAAGGACAACAAGCACGUGCUCCAGCCAGUCCCCAAACCCAUCCCAGUGCCUCCCAGUAAGAAGCGUAAGAGAUUGCUGGAGGAGGUUCCGGAGCUGCUGACUCCGAAGCCCCUGCUGAGUGGGGCGAUUCCCCUGGAUGCUUUCCUGGCCUCACUGCACAAGGUGGAAGACCUAAACACUCUCACACACACACACUCACUCACUCACUCACACUCUCUCACUCACUCUCUCACACACACACGUUCACCUCUUUCUUUCUGUUUUAUUUAUCUCUCUCCUUUCUCUCUUAACGUGACUGAGACUUUUAUCCAUGUGAUCUGUAGUAAUCUGCAUUGGGCAGUUUGAAUGUUGACUCUCAUUGGAGCAGGUCCAGAAUCAGUGCUGUUAGAACAGGUCCAGGAUCAUACGUGCACACACGCACACGCCCUGAGGCUUUCAUAACAAAUUUGCAUCACAGAUAAUUAAAGUUGUAAUUAAAGGUGUUACGACACUUCACCAAAGAGGCUGAUCACUUCCUUUCCUUCACGACUUUUAUUUAGCCAUUCAGUAAUCAUUUACUUUAAUUAUAAAAUUAUUUAAUUUAACAAUAGUGUGGGACGGUAUGAUUCUCCACAAAGAACCAAAGCACUCCGCUGGCUUUCCUGCUACACUUUAAUAAUUAACCGAUAAUUAACACGGUGGUGACUUAGUAUGACUGCAGAGGAAGGUGACUAAUGCCUCUGUCAUGUGUGCGCAUACAAACGCGCCCAUGCACAUGCCACAGUGAAAACCUCCCCUUACGUUGUGGUGAAUACUAGUCCUGUUAGUAACUAGUCAGUCCUGCCCUGUCCUGCCUUCCUUAUCCAGGAACUCAUGAAACUGUGAAAAUGUCUUUUCCUGUAAGCAGGAGGUGUAACCCCUGACACACACACAUGGGUAAGGGAGUGCAGCACAGCGCUGGACGGGGGUAGGAUUAUAUAACCUUACUUAUGUUCUGCUCCAGCAGCUGCCGACAGAAGCUCUGACCAUUUUAUUCUUUCUGCCAACUCACUCCUCUAAUACCAGUGGAUACCGCACCGCCCUAGUUCUUCUCCAUCUGUCUCUGGCCCUCGCCAGAGCUUAACAUGAUGGAGACGGCUGAGUGAUCUGAGCACUGUAGAGGAGUGUGUUACCACCAACUUCUAACCCUGUGUGUGUCCUUAAUCCCAGUCCUACUAGUACAUUUGGAUGGCAAGAGCAAGAGGCGUGCGCGCACACACACACACACACACACACACACACACACACACACACCCAUGGUCCCUCCUUCCUUACCCCCCGCCCUUUACAUCUUUUACUGUCUGGCCACUUUCCCCUGGCAGCCAGCAUAUCGAUCACACACUAAUUAAACAGGAAGUGCCGACCAGCUGUGUUUCCUCAAGCGUGGUGAAAGGGCCCCAGGACACCACCCGCGUGCGCCACACGCAUGUCACCUCCGCUGCCUCCAACCACACUGGGCUCUCUGUGCUCCCAACUCGGAUGUUCAGGGAGCGUGCAGCAUUUUGGGGUUGCCGUAGUGUAGUGGUUACGAGCUUCCCA